AUGAAUGAUGUGAACGACAAUGCAAUAGUUAAACCAUUACGACAACCUAGUCUUAAUCAUACCUUACUUCGUAAUCAUAUAAUACAGAUGACACCAGAUAAUUUUGGGACACUUCAACUUACACAAACUUGGCAAAAGUAUGGAUCAUGUCCCGAUGGAACAACUCGGAGGAAAGGAAAAUAUUACAAACACACACCUUUAUAUAAACAUAAUCCUUCAAAAUUGUCAUCGUACAAAAUUCAUGAUAUAUCACAGAAAGACACUUCAUGGGAGCAUAAGUAUGCCGCUAUUAAGGUGGAAGGAAAUUUUCAAGGAGUACAAGCAAAAAUAAAUCUUUGGAAACCGGUAAUUGAAACGAGAAGCGAAAUAAGCGUAUCCCAAAUUUGGGUUGCAGCCGGUGAUCUCAGUGAUACCAAUACCAUUGAACUCGGAUGGAUAGCGGCUGGAUACAAUAACUCAGGUUGCUACAACAACGAUUGUGAUGGGUUUGUCCUCACAACCUCAAAUAUAUGCCUUGGUGGUGACUUCUCUGAGGUUUCUACGUUUAAUGGUACCCAAAAAGAUGCUAUCUUCGGUGUUCACAAGGACCAAAAAACCGGAAACUGGUGGGUACGAUUACAAGGUAUUGAUGUCGGUUAUUAUCCUAGUUCUCUCUUCAACAAAUUAUCAAAGACGGCAGAUAGGAUCAAUUUUGGCGGAGAAAUCCUUAAUACCAAAAGUAAUGGACGACAUACUUCGACUCAAAUGGGUAGCGGUCAUUUUCCUUCUGAAGGUGUUUUGAAAACGUCGAGUUAUUUUAAUGAGAUUCAAGUAGUUGACGAAAAUAAUGUGGCGGAAAAUCCUAAAGAUUAUGAGAUACACAUUACGAAUGCAGACUAUUACGAUCUGGGAAUCCACAACAAUCAUGAUACAAAUGGUUUCGGUUUUAAUUACGAAGGUCCUGGAUAUAAUGCUAAAUGUCCAUGA